UUUCAGACCGAUCGACACCUAAGAGCGCUCACGGAGCAGUUCAUUCCGGAAAAGAAGACAACUAAAAACUCUUCUUUUCUCAUCGGAAAAGACAGCUCAGUGACGAGAACUCUUUUGUGAAUAGACCGAGUAAAACGGCGAGACGACGACAAAAAAUAAUAACGGAAAAGAGUGAAGAGGCGGGGAUUGUUUGGCCGUGCGAAAAAGAAAGAAAAAAGAAGAAAACGAAAAACUGAGGAAGCAAUAAGAAAAAUUGGAAAAUAAAAACAAAAACAAAGUAUCAUAUCACUGAUAUCGACCCAAGUUUUUUUUUUGAACUAUCGUGUCUAUUGAGACAAUUUCAUCUUUUUCUGGUGUUCUUCAUGACUUACUCAACUCUAAGUGACUGACAACUUUAUUACUCCUCAAGACAAAAUGACUGCAAAUGGCAAUGCAAAUCCGGCGUUCCGACGUCAAGCUUCGACAGCUGGCGUCAAUCCGGUUCUCACGGUUGCUCUGACACCUGUACCAAAAGUAGAUUAUAGUGUGACAAAGGGUGGCGCACGCACGUGGAUUGUUCUUCUAGUUUUUAUUUUCCUUUGCUCUAGUUUAUACACAAUUUUCUCCGCAAAAGACGCCGGAGAUUCACAUCAUGAUCUCAGCAGCCACUCGUCAGCAGAUGAUGAUGACGUUCCAGCAUACAACCACCCCGGUUCUGCAACAGAAGACGAUGAUGAUGACGAUGAUGACGAUGAGCCUCCUACACCGAGUCCGCGAGUGAGCAAGAAACAAGAGCAGCAGACGACGCAACAAAAAACAACACAGCCAGCUGCAGCUCAAGUGACGGAUUCGGAUGAUGAGGAUGAUGAAGAAUCAAAUGAGCAUACGUUGGGAGGACGGCUUUUUGCGGGGCUCAGGAAAAAGAUCACUGAUCGGCUGAAUGAGAAAGCUGUAAAAGAAGAACCAAAAUCCAAAAAUGACCAGAUCCUGAAUCCUCGAGAAUUGAGAAAACUUAAGAAACAACAGAAAACUGCAAAAGUAGAGGUCGUUGAGGACGAUGAUGAUGACGACGAUGAAGAUGACGAUGAUGUGGAAGCUCCAGCUCCACAAGAGCCAUCGCGUAAGCAGAAAGCUCACAAUCAAAGGGAAGAAAAGAAGGAUAAGAAUAAGAAAUAUCAACCAGUGAAGGAAGAACCAGAUCUUGAUGAUGAUGACGACGAUGAAGAUGACGAUGAUGAUGAUGGUGACGACGACGACGAUGAAAAGGAUGAUGGAAAUGAUGCGGAGAAAGAUGAUGGAGAUGAUGAUGAUGACGAUGAUGACGGCAAUGAUGAUGAUGAAGAAGAUGGAAAAAAUAAGAAAACGUCGGUGGAAGCAAAAUCAGACAAAGUAGUCGAAGAGAAAAAUGAUGGCGAUGAUGAGCCGCAUGUUUCACAUCGUGAAGCUCAACGUCUUCGACGUCAGCAUCUUCGAGAGAGCCGCCGAGACAACCGGCCGCGGCAAGGUGGAAAUCGUGAGUGCAUUCAUCAAGAUUGUCCAAAUCGUGAAAGUCUUAAACCAAGAAAAUCACUGCUCGUUACAAAGAAAAAGACAAAAUCCAUGGUAGAACGAAUUUUGGAUGAUGAAUUCGAUGAUGAAGACGAUGAUGAUGAAGAUGAUGAUAGUGAAGUUAACAAAAAUGAUAGGGAAGAUGAUGAUGAGGAUGAUGUUGAUGAGAGGAUUUCUGAUAGAGAUAGCAGUAGUUCCUACAAACGUCACGCUAUUACCACCAAAGAAGAAAUCGGCUUCCGAGACAUUCUUGAUCGGGCGGACAACCUUGUGGAAAAGCACCAAUAUGAAGAAGCCAUGGAACUUUUUGACCAUGUCAUCGCAGUCUAUCCAGCAUCAACUAGAGCAUACUUUGGAAAAGCACGCGCUUAUGAUAUAAGAGGAGAGAUAGAAGCCGAUGAAACAGAUAGAGAUAAAGCUAUUGAGAUUUACGAGAAGAUUCUUCAAAACAGCGGUGUUCCGGAUGCCCUUUUCAGACAAGCGGCUCAAAGACUCAUUGAGAAAACUCGAUUCCGGGGCCAACUGCAUAAAACUCUCACGGCUCAUCGCUAUUUUAUUGAUAGAUUCCCAGAAGAGCUCAACUUGCAAACCGAUUUUGCGAUUUCUUUCGUGAUGAUGAAAAGAUAUGAAGAUGCAAGAACUGUGCUGAAAAAUGUUUUAGCAAAUGAUCCGAACCACGUAAUUGCAUUGGCUUAUUAUGGAUAUAUUUUGAAGGCACACGACGACAAAGUUGAACAAGGUGUUGCUCUAAUGAGGAAAAGUUUAAAAAAUGCUGACAAUGAAAUAACCGAUCCGAAAUUUUACUAUCAACUCGGCCAUGGUCUCACAACCCUCGGGCGUAAAAGUGAAGCUGACGCUGUUUACCAGAAGGCUGCACAAAUGGGAGUUUUCAUGACUGCCCAGCAGAGAAGCUUGUACAACAUUGAAGGACUCACCGGCAGGGCUUGGUGGGCAAUGGAUCAGACUCCGUACUCCAAGUUUCUGAAGACAGUUGAACGGCAGUGGGCGACAAUCAGACAGGAAGGCAUGGAGGUUUUGAAGGAUUGCAGCGAUUGUUGGUUGGAUCAUAACCAACAGCUCGUCAUCGAUGGACAAUGGAAGUUCUUCCCAAUUAUGUCCGAGCAAAAUUUUAUAAAAUCUAGCUGCGAGAGAAUGCCACAGACAUGCUUAAUCCUUCAAGAAUUUGCAGCUUCCAGUAAUGCCAGCAAGUCAGAUAUGCAUUUGUCGGUGUUAUCAUCAGGUGCUUCUAUUCUGCCACACUGUGGUCCUACGAACUAUCACCUCCAAGCACAUUUGGGUCUUGUCUCUCCAUCUGAAGCAAGGAUACGUGUUGGUAAUGAGACAAAGGGAUGGAGAUCCGGGAAAUUUAUCAUUUAUGAUGACAGUUUUGAACACGAGCUCCAAUUCGACGGUGCAUCUUCAUCAUCCUUCCGACUUGUCCUCACCAUUCAACUUUGGCACCCCGAAGUUCAACCUCAUCAACGCGUGUUGUCAUUCCUUUCAUAAUCUUGAUCAUAAUGUUAGCUCUAUUUUUAUUGUUGUGAGUAUUUUCUUAAUAAAGCGUUUUUU